GUGUGGCCGUGUUGUUGCUGUCGUCGCCCGGCGGGGGUUAGACUUCCCUCCGGUCUCUCAUCAUGGGGAAGACGGAUUUCUUGAGCCCCAAGGCCAUCGCCAACCGCAUCAAGUCGAAGGGGCUGCAGAAGCUGCGCUGGUACUGCCAGAUGUGCCAAAAGCAGUGCCGCGAUGAGAACGGCUUUAAAUGCCAUUGCAUGUCAGAAUCUCACCAGCGACAGUUGCUGCUGGCUUCUGAAGAUCCUCAGCAAUUCAUGGAUUACUUUUCAGAGGAAUUCCGGAACGAUUUCCUAGAACUACUCAGGAGACGAUUUGGAACGAAGAGGGUCCACAAUAAUAUAGUAUAUAAUGAAUAUAUUAGUCACCGGGAACACAUCCAUAUGAAUGCCACCCAAUGGGAGACGCUGACAGAUUUUACCAAGUGGCUGGGGAGAGAAGGCUUCUGCAAAGUGGACGAAACGCCCAAAGGCUGGUACAUCCAGUACAUUGACAGAGACCCCGAGACGAUCCGUAGGCAGCAAGAGCAAGAGAAGAAGAAAAAGCAGGACCUUGACGAUGAAGAGAAAACAGCCAGAUUCAUUGAAGAGCAAGUCAAGAGAGGCUUAGAGGGGAAAGAACAGGGAGAGCCAGUCUACACGGAACUAAACCGAGAGAAUGAGGAGGAGAAAGUGGUAUUUAAUUUGAACAAAGGGGCGAGUACUUCGACAGCUGCACAUCCGAAGGCCAGUUUGCUUGGAUCCAGCGCACUGAAGGCGGCAGGGACGGCGUUGACAGUUAAGCGCAAAGAAACGCCGCCAAGUUCGGGGCAGUCUAAAGAGAAGAAGAAGAAAUCGGCCCUCGAUGAGAUCAUGCAGUUUGAAGAAGAGAAGAAAAAGUCUGCCCGAACAGACCACUGGCUACAGCCUGAAAUUGUGGUCAAGAUCAUAACAAAGAAACUGGGUGAGAAAUACCAUAAAAAGAAGGCAAUUAUUAAGGAGGUCAUUGACAAAUACACAGCAGUUGUCAAGCUGAUCGGUUCCGGAGAUAAACUGAAACUUGACCAGACGCACCUGGAGACGGUGAUCCCAGCACCAGGCAAAAUGGUGUUGGUCUUAAACGGCGGUUACAGAGGCAGCAAAGCUACCUUAGAGUGCAUCAGCGAGAAAACCUUUUCGGCAACGAUACUCAUUGAAUCCGGACCUCUGAAAGGGCGUCAGGUUGAAGGGAUUCCAUACGAAGAUAUUUCCAAGUUGGCCUGAGAUGACUGGAAGACCUGAUGCACUCCAGGAUACAUCCCAUCAGUAGAAUUCCCUGAUUCAGGACACCUCUGCGCUAGACUCCACUAUGUCGGAGUUUUGAUAUUUGUAUACUUUCUAAAGCAAGCAGGAUUUUUUUUUAAAAAAAACGUAUCGUUAGACGCCGAUAGAUAGAUCUCAUUCCUAAGUCCUUUCCAUAUUUAUUUCCAUUGGCGCUGACUCUCUGGAAGCCUUCAUUAAGUUGACCCCUCUGUAUAAUAUAUUGCAAGCUGCAGAUCGUCCUGCCCUUUCAGAUGCUCUGUGGAAAUCUUGGUAGCUGAUAUUUCUUGCAAAAGCGGAAGCCAAUAAGCUACUAGGAGUAGUUAUGAGUACCAGCAGGGUUGAGUUCAGGAUUAUGGAUAAAGGUUUAGGCUUGCCAGGGAAGAGCUUAACUUCAUUCAUAUUGGCCUUCCCCAACCUGGUACCUGCCUGCCUGGGGAUGAUGGGAGUGUAGUCCAACACACCCAUGGGGCACCAGGUUGGGGAAAGCCGGUGCUCAUCUCUUCCGAUAUUAAGUUAAGUUCCCAUCUCAUUAGUUCACCGAUAAUCCCAGAGGACUAUGAGCUCACAAAGACCUUCUGGCAAUGCCUUCCCACUAAAUCCCAAAGCUAGGCUUUAGUUGGCCGGCUCGCCCCUUUUCCGGCUGCCCUGGAGGACGUGCGGUCACCACCUCUCUGAUCCUGUGCACGAGGGCUGUCGGUGCCAUAUUCCUGGCCACCAUUUCCUCUCCACCACCACCACCCUUUGGUUACUGUGUGUAUGAAGAUGAGGAAGUCAUAGAGGGGAUUGUAAGAAGAGAGUUGAUUGGAAGAGGCAGCAUUUCAAUUGGCCCAGGAUGGCCUUCAGCCACCUGCUGGGGAGCUAGGCCUUUUGCACCGUGUUAGCCAGGUCAGUGCAGGGCUAGUCCUGAUGGAGAUUUCGUAGGCCCAAGUAGAGGUGUUCAAGGAAGAGAGGCCCAGUUGGGGCAUGGCUCCAUCUUUUUCUCCCUUUAUUUUCAUCACCUUUUCCCAUCCCCCCGCCCCCGAUUAAUGAACAAGAAUUGGGAAAAAUCUGUUCCAGAGCAGCUCUGAGUUGGUCUAACCCAGUCUUCCCCGGCCUGGUGCCUUCCAGAGGUUUUUGACUUCAACUCUCAUCAGCCCCAGCCAAGAUGGUCAACAGUCAGGAAUCCUGGAUGUUGUAGUCCAAAACAUCUGGAGGGCAACAGGCUGGGGAAAGCUGGUCUAACCUGAAGCUGAUUCUGGCUGUGUCAGCGAAGUAUACCUAGAAGAAGCCAAUAGGAGAAUCUACCCGUGAUCCAAAUGGCCGUAGUCAUGUGCCCGAGCAGGGCCACCCCUACAGCCUUUCCCAUUUUCCCUUUCUGACAUUACCUCCUGCUGGAACAGAGGCUACGAAAGGACCCCUCAGUUUCUACAGGAGCUUUUUGUCAAGCUCAAGGAGGAGUUGGAUGGGAUACUCAUCAGCCCUACAGCAGCUUUCCCUAAUCUGGUGUCCUCCAGAUAUUUUGGACUACAACGCUCAACUUUCUUGACCAUUGGGUCCAUGCUGCCUAGGGCUGACGAGAGUUGAAGUCCCAAACAUCCGUAGGGCGCCAGGUUGGGUAAGGCUGCCCUAGAGCCUGUGCAGAACUUCCCAUAUGUGGUCCGAAGGGCUGCCCCAUAGCUAUUUGGAUCCUCUUCCCCUUGGACCCCACCCCAUCUAUGGACACAUCUGUGAACAAACAGUAAUACAGAUAUUUUUUGGUUGAAAAAUAGAAAAUAUGCCGAGGAAGCUGCAGGGCACGUGUUUAAACAUCCUGUUUUCUGCAUCUGGUCCUCCACAAUCCCAUCCCACUGCUUUUCCAGAGCGCAGGCAUCAUCUUCAGUAGAUUUGUAAAAAAAAAAAAAAUGUAUAAUGACUUGUACAGUGAAUUUUUAUUGCCGUUUAGAAAUGAACAAGUAAACCUU